AUGGUUAGCAGUAUCGGUCAAAGGAUGUUCACAGUCAUAUAUAUAUAUAAAACCAACAAUGCUGUAACUGGCGAUGUUUAUUUAAAGCAAUGCAUACAACGUCGAUUAAUUCCUUUUAUCAAAACUAAUCAUUUAAAAACAAAAUUCAUAUUUUGGCCUGAUUUAGCGAAGGCUCAUUAUACACCACAAGUGUUACGUGUAUUAGAAGCAAAUUCUAUACCUUUUGUACCAAAGGAAAAAAAUCCUCCCAAUGUACCUCAAGUACGACCAAUUGAAGAUUUAUGGGGUAUAUUGAAACAAAUGGUGUAUGCACAAAAUUAUGAAGCAAAAAAUUUUGAUCAACUUGCUAGUCGAAUACGAAAAAAAUUCGAAAAUUAG